AAGCAGGUGUUGCGGCGCUACGUGGAGGAAGAUCGCGAAAUUGUGAUCUGGGUUGCUAGUGUUGUUCCGCUAGAAUUUGACGACCAACGUGUUAAAGGUCUUGGCUUCCGUCAUCAGGGAUAUGCUGUCACGAAGCGAGCAAAGGUAUCCAAACCAAACCGGGAGUUCUCGCUUCUUCAGCUGUGUUCCCUCGUGUCACCCGAGAAAGAAGAUCACACCGUGUACGACCCUGCGGCUGUGCGUGCACUAACUGACUUCAUGCUGGGCACUGUAGCCGGCAACAUCACGGCAAGCCAGGAGCUGAUCGAGAACGUUUUGAUGGAUCAGGCGGUCAAAAUGCACCCAUGA